AAGAUUCAGCAUAAUAAAAUGACAAUAUAGCUUCAAAUACUAAACACUUCUUACUUUAAGAAAAUGGGAUUAGCCAUAUUAAUAGAUAGUAAAGACUAUCACUUAAAUCAUAGUUGAAAUAAUACUACUUAUUUUAACUUAUUUUUCCCCAUAUUUUAAUUAAAACUUUCAUCUCUUAAGUGAAAUAAUUUAGUCUAAAAGCAGCGUCAUCUUGUCACUGGCUUGACUAACCACAUCCAUUACUUUGUGGUUAUUUGCUGGGAAACUCAAUGUCUAGCAUAAUUUAGGAUGAUGGCCUUCAAUGGCUACAGACGUGCUUCUUCAUCCUGUCACUACUGUGUUUCUCAAACCUUAAUAUGCAUCAGAACCACCUGGCUUGUCAGAAAAAGAGGUUGCUGCCCACCCUUUCGAGUUCUUGAUCCAGUAAGUCUGGGGUUGGUUGGUGAAUCUGCAUUCCUAACAAGUUCCCAGGUGAUCUGACGCUGAUUGGUCAUCUAGAGACACAGUCUGGGAACCACUGCUGUGCUGAAGUGCUUAUGGAUAAAGAUGUUUGGAGGGAGGACAGUAUAGUCCCAUGAUCACUGUGGCAGAAACUUUCAUAUUUAUUUACAAUUCUUCCGCCAAAAAAGUCAAAACAUUUGAGUAAUGAAAGUAAUUUUAUGGUUGACGACUUAAAAUGGUCCAUUUGAACCUUCCCCUUUACUAAUCUAGCCAUCUAUCUAGCCAUAGUUUGGCAAUCAGGGUAACACCAAGUUAUCUAACCAAAGCUGAGUUAUUAGCUGUUAGAGAGGAAGAAAGGAGGCUUUCAUAAAGCAACAAAAGGAAUGGUUUGGCUAUAAACACUGCUUUUGUUUGCACAAACAAAUUUGGGACAGUUUGGUAAAAGCUUUUGGAUAAUUAGGGGAAAUGGACUUCAGAUUAAAGACGGUAAAUUGACCCACACAUCUUUAUCUUCAUUCUUUCCUAAAAAGAACAGUGAAGGAACAUAAAAGGAUAAGUCCAUAGUGGCAAAGAGGAUGGAGGAAGAGUCAUCAGCAAAAGAUAUAUUUCAACACAUUUCCGAAAGUCGGGGUGGAAAGAGGAAUGAAAACUGGUUUGACAGCUACACUCUAAUGUGGUCAUACAGGUCAGUACAGAAAGAACCCACUUGGCCCACAAAACUCCGAAGUGGCCUGGGCCUUGGAGAUGCCAGAGAUCGCCAGAAAACAGUGCUGAUGAGGGGUCCCAGGAUCCCAGAAUAAGGGAGAGGUCCCAGGACCCCAGAAUAAGGCAGUGAAAGGCAGGGGCCAGGUCAACGUUGGCAUUUGGAGUCGUUGGACCCUCAGGUCCUCUGUUCCACUCCUUGCAGCCAGCAGGAGAAAGAGGAGAGAUAUUUGUGCACCAGGCACAAAGGGCAGGAGCAAGGCACCUGCAGGAAAGAAAAGAGCGUGGAAGGUGCACACUAACCAGUGACUUGCCCAGGCUCCCUCCCCUGAACUGUUUCCAGAACAUUGGCAGCCAAGUGAAUGCCCCCUCAGGCAAAAAAUUGUAGGAUAUUUCUCAUGAGAAACUGAAGAGCCCCAAAGAAAAGAUAUCUAGUUUCUGACAUUUGGGAUAUCUUCCCAUGAAAAAGGUGAUCUUUCAUCUGAUCACCAGUGAGCAAGCAUACUUUCUCCACCCCUAUACAGGGUUUCUGGUGAGGUUUUUAUGACUUCAUCCCUACUUAGGAAAGGAGAGUAAAAGAUUUGCAGACAGUUGAUGAAAGCCUUUAACAUGACAGGGGGAGAAAGGACGCCAGAGGAAGCCAAGACAAGUCAGAAAGCCAAGAAAAUCUCACAGUAAGUAAAUACUCCAAAAAAAUAGAAAAAAUUAUUGCAACCAUGACAUAAUCACAGAAUUCUAUUUAAAAGAUAACAGGAAACUUGAAAAGAGCUCUUAAAAUAGAUAACUUCAGUAAAAAGUAAACCAAGGAAAUAUCCUCCAAAACAGAACAAAAGAUGAAGAGAUGUCCAACAGUAAAGAACAUUCUAAGAUUAAUCCAGGAAUUUCAAAAAGAAACAAUAAGAAUGAACAAUAAUUGAGGAUUUCCUAUGUGUCUGGCACUAUUCUAAGUGUCUCAUGUAUAUUAGUGAGGUAAUCACUAUUAUUAUCCCCAUUUUAUAGAUGAGGAGACUGAAGCACUGUGAGAUUAAGGGACUUGCCCAAGGUCCUGUAGAAGCACCAGGGUUUGAACUCAGGCUAUCUGGUUCCAGAGCUUUUAUGUUUUUAACUACUCUGCUAGAAUGGCUCUCCCCUAAAGGGGAGGAAAUUAUUGAAGAAAUAUUUCAAGAAAAUGUCCUCAACUGGACAUAAGCUCCCAGACUGAAAAUGUCCAUUGAGUGCCCAGCAUAAUAAAUAAAAGAACACCUGAAUUAAGGCACGUAAUUACGAUAUUUCAGAAUACUAGAGACAAAGAGAUUAUUUGACAAGUUUCCAGAAAGAAAAAUUCCAGGCAGCAAAAGAAUGGAAAUCAGGAUGACAUUUAAAUUCUUAGUAGUCAUACUGGAAGCUAGAAGAUAAAAGAGCAAUUUCUAUAAAUUUAUGAAUGAAAAAUUUCAACUUAGAAUUCUUGGUUAAACUCAUAAAAAGCAAAAGUUUAAUAAAGACAUGUUGAGUAUACAAGAACUCAAACUUUCACCUUCUGUACCUAUUUCUGGGCUGUUACUAAAACAAGUAAAACAAGUGCCACGGGAAAUGAAGCAAGAAGGCAUAAGACACAGAAAUGGGGUUCUCACCCUACAAAUGAAUGAGCGUCCCAGGAUGACAACCAGGUAGGAGGUCUAUGGAACAACUCAUCUCCAUGGGAACAGGAGGACAAUGGGAUUUUGGAGGAAUGUUUCCAGGGGAAAAAAUGGAAUUGAUUGAUCAUUUGGAAAAUACAUUUGAUAGUCAUUUGAUAGAUCAGUUGUAGAACAAUGUCAGAAUAGGUGCAUGAUAAACUAUGCAAAUAGAUAAAAAGUCUUAUAAGAAAGAAAACAAUAAGAGUACACUAGUUGGCUCUGUUGUCACUGAUAUUUGCACAGUCACUACCUAAACUGUGAAAGAGCUGUGUUGGAAGAAUGGCUGGAAGGGCAAGCUGGAUAGAGUGAAAGAGCUAAAUCCUAAUCUGAUGCCACAAGUGAUUAGUGCACAACAUCUAAAUUGAUUAAUCAAGGCAGAACAGUAUAAAUUAUUUAGAAAUAGGGAAGUAAAGGACAGAAGAGGCAGCUAAAAGUGGAAUGUGGCCGCCUCUAGAAAGGAGAUGGAGAAGGUAGAUACUGCAUUAUCUUAAAAUAGUAUAUUAAAGGAGUAUCUGCCAUAUCUUAAAAUAUUAAAUUAUCUUUAAAAAAGUACAUGUGUGCUUUUAUUGUCUUAAAAAAGAAUAACAUUUUGAAAUUCAUCUGCUGAGAGUGAAAGCAUGGAACAACCAAACCUCAUCUCAUCAUGCAAUUUUCAAGAAAUAUGUGACCCAUAAAGAUUAAAAUAAUAGAAAUUGUAUCAAUCCUUGCAGCUUUAAUAUUAACUUAAAAUAUGGUGAGAUUUUCCAUGUCCUCUUUUAUUUCCACAAUCCACAUGUAUGGGUUACACCCCUGCCAGAACUUCCACAAAUACCCUACUCUUUGGUAGCAGCGGUUAUAAAUUACACCUUUGCUAAUUUGCGUUGUUCCUGCCCAGAAGAAACAGAACCACAAAAAAGUCAGUUUCAUCCUGCAGUGUUUCUGUGGCAACCGUAUUAAGCUGGUAGGAUAAAGCACCUUUGUAGUAGUUGCUUCUAUCGAAUUACAAUGUAAAUGUUGAUGCCUGCCUGGAAACGUCAAAUGACAACAGGUUUAUGGAACGAAAUCAGUGGUUGUUUCAGCUCUGGAAUCCCAGGCUGCAGAGUUGAGAAUCCAAGAGGUGCGCCUGGGCCAUCCUAGCGUCAACCCAAUUUCUUCAGUGCAUCAAAACCACUCCCCACCUGCCCAGCUCAUGAGGGGAUGCUCACCUAUUUGAAAAUCUGUAAUCUGCCUGGUUAUCUUUCACACACCAGGGCAGGAAAAGUGUUUGUUGUGGCUAAGAAUGUUAGAAAUUCUACGACGCAGCAGACCAGACGAUCUCUGUGUUUCCUUUCCCCUCUCAGCACAAAGUAACUUUAAUCCGGUACCCUUGCGCCACUGUCAAACUUUAGUCCUCUUAAUGAGGGUACGAAAUGCCUUCUGGUGUGCUGCGCAUGUCAUUCCGGUUGGCUUGGGAUACCUGAGUUCAGCUCUCCUUCGUCCUUCCGCUCGACCCACAAUCCCUAGUGUUUGCAGGUGUUGCAUUCGCCGCCCCCGCGCCACCACCGUCCCUCCCCCCUUCCUUCGCUUCCUCAGUCCCCCUACCCCACCCCGGCCUCAGCGAAGGAGGAAAACGUAGCUUGAAGUCUACUCGCAGAACUGACCCUCAGCUCCCACAGGCUGCCGCAGAGCUGCACGCAUGCCGCCGCUCCACUCAGGUAAACUUCGGAGUGAGUUACCUGCACUUGGAGAAGGGCCUUACCUGAGCGCGCCUCUGCCAAUGGCAGCUCACCUGAGGGAGCUCCGCAGCCAAUCACCGCGCAGCUCGUCCCUCGGGCUUGUACCCUUUAGUGAAAGAAUUCAGCUCCUGGCGAGAAAGUUACCUGUGGCCGCCCAAGUCCGCCACUUUCUGCUCUGUGUCUGCCCAUUGCCACGAUCCAGGAGGACUCCGCGCCGCCCGGCCGCCUCCGAGCUCGGGCCCCAUGUGAGGGGCCCUCCCUUAUCCCACCUUUCCGGCUAGUAAUAAAAGACUAGUGGCCUUAGUGCCCAUGCCCAGUGACCCUCCGUUCAACACUCGAAGAGCCUAUACCAGUGAAGAUGAAGCCUGGAAGUCGUACUUGGAGAACCCCUUGACAGCUGCCACCAAGGCAAUGAUGAGCAUCAAUGGUGACGAGGACAGUGCUGCUGCCCUCGGCCUGCUCUACGACUACUACAAGGUUCCUCGAGACAAGAGGCUGCUGUCUGUAAGCAAAGCAAGUGACAGCCAAGAAGACCAGGAUAAAAGAAACUGCCUUGGCACCGGUGAAGCCCAGAGCAAUCUGAGUGGAGGAGAAAACCGAGUGCAGGUCCUAAAGACUGUUCCGGUGAACCUUUCCCUGAAUCAAGACCACCUGGAGAACUCCAAGCGGGAACAGUACGGCGCCGGCGUCCCCGACAGUCCGGCCAUCAUCCCGGUGUCCGGCAUCACGGUGGUGAAGGCUGAAGACUUCACGCCGGUCUUCAUGGCGCCGCCCAUGCACUACCCGCGGGGAGAAGGAGAGGAGCAGCGAGUGGUCAUCUUCGAGCAGACGCAGUACGACGUGCCCUCCAUGGCGGCGCACAGCGCCUUCCUCAAGGACGACCAGCGCAGCACGCCCGACAGCACCUACAGCGAGGGCUUCAAGGACGCGGCCGCUGAGAAAUUUCGGAGUGCUUCAGUCGGGGCUGAGGAGUACAUGUAUGACCAGACAUCCAGUGGCACGUUUCAGUACACCCUGGAAGCCACCAAAUCUCUCCGUCAGAAGCAGGGGGAGGGCCCCAUGACCUACCUCAACAAAGGACAGUUCUAUGCUAUAACGCUCAGCGAGACCGGAGACAACAAAUGCUUCCGACACCCCAUCAGCAAAGUCAGGAGCGUGGUGAUGGUGGUAUUCAGCGAAGACAAAAACCGAGAUGAGCAGCUCAAAUACUGGAAGUACUGGCACUCACGGCAGCAUACGGCGAAGCAGAGAGUCCUUGACAUUGCUGAUUACAAGGAGAGCUUUAAUACGAUCGGAAACAUUGAAGAGAUUGCAUAUAAUGCCGUUUCCUUCACCUGGGAUGUGAAUGAAGAGGCGAAGAUUUUCAUCACCGUGAAUUGCCUGAGUACAGAUUUCUCCUCCCAAAAGGGGGUGAAAGGACUUCCCUUGAUGAUUCAGAUUGAUACAUACAGUUAUAAUAAUCGUAGCAAUAAACCCAUUCAUAGAGCAUAUUGCCAGAUCAAGGUCUUCUGUGACAAAGGAGCAGAAAGAAAAAUCAGAGAUGAAGAGAGGAAGCAGAACAGGAAGAAAGGGAAAGGCCAGGCCUCCCAAACCCAAUGCAAUAACUCCUCUGAUGGGAAGUUGGCUGCCAUACCCUUACAGAAGAAGAGCGACAUCACCUACUUCAAAACCAUGCCUGACCUGCACUCGCAGCCUGUUCUCUUCAUACCUGACGUUCACUUUGCAAACCUGCAGAGGACUGGACAGGUGUAUUACAACACGGACGAUGAACGAGAAGGCAGUGUCCUGGUUAAGCGGAUGUUCAGGCCCAUGGAAGAGGAGUUUGGUCCAGCGCCUUCUAAGCAGAUGAAAGAAGAAGGGAUGAAGCGAGUGCUGCUGUACGUGAGGAAGGAGACUGACGACGUGUUUGAUGCUCUGAUGCUGAAGUCACCCACGGUGAAGGGGCUGAUGGAAGCGAUAUCCGAGAAAUAUGGGCUGCCUGUGGAGAAGAUAGCAAAGCUUUACAAGAAAAGCAAAAAAGGCAUCUUGGUGAACAUGGACGACAACAUCAUCGAGCACUACUCGAAUGAGGACACCUUCAUCCUCAACAUGGAGAGCAUGGUGGAAGGCUUCAAGAUCACGCUCAUGGAAAUCUGAGCCCGGGGUUGGCACGCCCUUGGCAGGAGCUCGCAGUGCAUUCCUCCCCGGGAGAGACGGAGGCCCCAGACCCCGGAAACCCAUCUCACCCCUCUCACGACUGCUGUUACAAGACUGCACGGGCCCCACUGCCCGCCAGGGGGCUUGGCCCAUCCACCGGCUCCUACCAUGGACCUGAAGCCUGAGCCCCUCAGGAAGAUGCCUUGGGCCUGGCGGAUUCUUAUUUAUUACCCACCUUUUUCCAGAGCCCUGGGUCCAGGCCCGCCAGGACUCUGCAAGUCACUGCUGGCUCCAAGUGAGACCGUCCAGAGUUCCCUUCUUAGGAGAAACACUCCCCCCAAAGAGCCUGAAACAUUCUCAUCCCUUUUCCUCACCUCUCCACACCCCCUGAGUGGCUGGACAAAAUGGGCGACUUCCCUGUGCAGUAGUCACAGGUGGGGUAAGAGGCGGACGCCCCCUACUGGUCAACACCUUCAGGCUGCUCUGGAGAAGGUUGUCUUGCUAAAUACCUCCAGGGGUUCCCAGCGAGUGGCCACCAGGCCUUGUACAGGAGGACACUCAGCUACCAUGUAAUUAGUAACUAACACAGGACGUAUGCCUGACUCGCAUGUACAUAGUGUUUAUAAUAUUGCAAUAAUAUAUUUUACCUGUGGUAUGUGGGCAUGUUUACUGCCCCUGGCCUGGGGGAGGCACAUACCUGGAGAAUCCGCUUUCUACAAGGGGUUUCCGCCACUGUGCCUGUUCAGGAGACAUGCUGCGCAAGGGGAGCGGCCUUUAAUGGACUCCAGCGGGUGUGCCCACAGCCGCGUCCCCUGUCCCCAGAGGAGCCUCCUCUCCCUCUCCAUUGGCACGACCCUCCCCAAGGCCACCACGUUUGUAUCGUGAUGAUUUGCUUUGCUUGACUCUUCCUCUGAGCUGCUGCAUGGGAAAGGUCAUGUUGUCCAAGCUCUCUUCUCAGCUUGGGUAUCAGGCACUGCCUGAGCUUUCUAGAGAGGCUCUGUAGGGGUUUUGUCAUCAGGCGCCUGUCGCUGGGGCCUGCUGCAGGACUCCUUGGCUAUGGUGAGGCCCCUGGACACUGUGUAGCGCCUCGCAGUUUACAAGCACGUCCUUCAUCUCAAGUGGCCCUUUACACGCCCAACUGCGGUUCUGAGAGCCGGGCCAACCGCGCUGCUCUGAAUGUGCAGGCUGGGCCUUCCUCCUGCGCAACAAGACGGGCAGGGAGGAUUAUCUGCCUGGCUUCUGGGCGCUGGACUUCCUCGGAAUCCUGCCUCACACAGGAGGAGAUGGGGAGAGAAGCCUGCAUCCUCCCGCUCCAUGCCCUGGGAGACGAAGAGGAGAAAAACACUCCCCUAAACAAUCACAGAUGAUGAACUGUGUAGGCCAUGUUCUCUCUGAGGGGACAGGUAGGUGGUUUAGGGGUCUGCAUUCACCCUUGCGGGCUGAAGCACUAGAUUUUCGGUAGCCAGACACAUCCUGUACCCAAGGCCCCAGAUCUAGGGCGGCUUCCACGGAAAGGUCCAGAUUUGUUUGUAAAGCACUUUGUCGUCUCCCCAGAAAGCCCUUCUCUCAGGGCUCCCUGCUCUCCCCCACCUGCCCCUGAGGUCCAGAGCAGGACGGAGGGGCUGCUUCUAGCUUAGCUGUUUCCCCUGGAGGCUGCAGAGGAAUUGGAUGGAACAGAGAGCAGGUGCUGUGCCCCAGAAGAUCCCUGCGUGGUGGUAAGGGGGAGCCCUCCCGUGUGUCCUCGGUGGCGCCCCUUCCUGUGGUGCCAAAGGUUUGCAUCCCAUGUUCAGCUCUGCUCCAGGCUGUCCCCUCCUGCACGACAGCCGUACCCUGGGCCAGCCUGGGCACUAAGGGGGCUGUGUUCUAAGAUGGACAAGUUCAGUGUUGGACAUACAUGUGUACUAUGCACUUCCCACGCUCCUUGAGUUAGGAAUGGUUUCAAACGUGAUUGGCAGAUGUAGCAGCAAAUACUGUUGGGCUGGGGCCUAGGACACCAGAGUAGGGAAAAGACAUUUUUGGCAGCCUGACACAGGCUAUCUACCCUUCUCUCUCCAGCCUCUUUGGAAAACUGUUUGUUGGUCCUGCCCCCAGGCAGAAGAUGAAGCAGACAUGCUUUUGCAUUUGUCCUAAUGAGCAAUCACUGUAGUGACCAUGGCCAGAACAAAGGAUAUGAAGCAAGUGCCACCCAAGGGUGGUGCAGUGCCAUGUCCCUUCUGAUCUGUUCCCCUCUGCAUUUCCAGAGUGCCCUGGCUUAGCUUUGAGGUGUCGUGCCCUGUGUACUAGCAGAAUUUUGACGAGCAAAAUUUCCUGACCAAAAACACUCCAGGAAGAUUGGAGAACUUGCCUCCUCUUCCUUUUUGUCCCUUAACCACACUCAAAUAAAUAAGCUUUUUCUUUUUUUAAAUCCAUGGGAGACGAGGGACAUGUGAAGCAAGUGUUUUCCUUACACAUCUCCAAAUUGUUCAGACUUUACAGGUGUUUGGAAAUUGGGACCAACAGAAAAUUGCAGUCAGAUGUCUUUUUGGAGUUGGUUCCCAAAAGACUAAGGCACGUCCCAGCCCAGAAACUUAGGAAGCGUGAAAUGAAUCAAACAUUUAUUUUCCUUCUUAUUUAAAAUCAUGAAAAUGCAACAGAAAUAGAGGGUUUGUGCCAAAUUCUAUGAACAGCCCUUUCUUAAAGACAAGCAAGGGAGAUUGAUAUAUGUACAAUUUGCUCUCCUAUUAAAAAAAGAAAAGUCAAAUGUAACUUAAUAGUUUUGUAAAUGGGAAAUGGGGAAUCUAUAAACUAUAAAUACAGUUAUUUUAUUUUUUGUACAUUUUUAAGAAAAAAAUAAAUAUUCAUAACAGAAGAGUAAAA